UGACCACCAACGCCCCAUUGAACAACCAACGCCCCGCGAGAAUUGAGACAGACCACAGAAGCAACACAAACAAUGGCCAGGAAAAGACCGCAAGAACCAGAUGUGGGCGAUUCUCCGAGCAGCAGACUGAGCCAGAAACGCUCCCGCCAGCAGCUGCAUGAUGGAGCCGACGACGAGCCCAUCAACGGGACCCCCUCGAAGCGGAGGCGCCAGGCAGCGGACCCUUAUCAAGUGCCCUCUGACAGCGAUGUCGCCGAUGAUGACAACGACGAUGAGGAGUCAGCAGAAGCAGCAGCAGGAGACCCCGAUUCCGAACCCGAAGAACACACCCCGAGAAAGAAAAGAGGUCGCCCGCCAAAACCAGCAACCUCACAAGCCAACGGCGCCGUCACGCCCUCGAAGCUGCGCCAGGUGAACACGCUGGUGACGCCCGUCAAGGCCGCC